UUAUGCACACUAUGUAUAAAUCAAAAAUCUAAAAGAAACUCAAUUUUCUAAAGAACUUGUUAAAGUACUACAUGGCUACUGUACCCAACACCUUCUGGGGUCUCCCCCUCACCCCUUUCCCUAUACAACGCCGGCGCAACCACCGGCUGUUACUCCACCGUUCCAAUGGACCUUCUCAGUUCUCCAUCUCAACAGCACAACCAUUUCGUUCACAAUUUGUUAAUUGCCGGAAACUGAAGCGGUCCGUCGUAUCUUCGGCUUAUAUUACAGGCCCUGCUUUUGAUGCUUUUGUUUCAGAAAGCGACCCUAAAUUUGAAGAAUCGGAUGAUAGCUUAGUCGCGGUUCAGCCAAUUGAAGUUAUCCGUUGGGGCUUUAUAUGGAAACUUGUUUCUCGGCACAAGUUGAAGCUCCUUGCUUCUGUUUUCUCUCUUGUCGUCUGCACCACUUGUUCUCUUUCCCUGCCUUUACUUUCCGGAAGAUUUUUUGAGGUACUUAUUGGAACAAGAACAGAUCCUCUUUUGGAACUGCUCAGUAAAGUGGCACUUCUAUAUACACUGGAGCCUAUUUUUACAAUUAUCUAUGUGGCGAACAUAACUUCCAUUUGGGAGAAGGUUAUGUCCAGCUUAAGGGGUCAAAUUUUUCGGAGAGUACUGAUUCAAAAGGAACAUAUAUACUUCCUUUUGGCUUCAAGUGCUGUGGAAAUGUUUUCCAAGAUUUACUCUACAAGCUCAUUCAGCUCAUUCUUGUAACACUUUGCCUUUCUUUCUCUUUGCAGAUUGACUUUUUUGACCGUUACAAGGUCCCUUCAUUUUGGCCUUGGUCUAAAUGCUUGAAGCUUUUGAGAGAACUACCUUUCUCACACAUGCUGCUGUACAAUAUCCCUGUUUUAUUUCAAAGGAAGACUCUUCUACUAUUAAGGAAGCAAAGUGCCUUAUUGAUCUGGAAAAUUUCUUACACCUGUGGUUGUAAUGGUUUUUAAUUUAUCCUCUGUUUGAGUGUUCAACAUGUACUUCUUUCUGUAAUUUUUGUUUCAAAUAUAGACAAAUACUUCCAGUUGCUGAAUAGCCUUCUUCAGAGACUAGAAACAAGGAAAAAGCAUAGGAAGACUUCAUGAUUCUGUACAAUUUUUUUUCCUGAAGAACCAGAAGUUUUCAUGUUGUUAGUAUACUGCAUCUAGAAGGUUUUGUCUUGGAAUUUUGUUUGCUUAAAGCUUCUAAAAAAUGUCUCCUGGAAUCUACCUGAUGCAAGUAUGAGUUAUAACUUCUGAGGCAGCCUUUGAGCACUGUGGUUUUUCAGCUUUUGAUUGGUUUUUUCAGUUAUAAGAGAUCAUAUAACCCUGAGCAGAUGAUAUUAUGACUUGUGUGGAUGCUGUCGGGGAGGGUGGAGUAUGCAGUGUAUACUUGGUCUUACUCUUUCGUUGGUGAAUUAACAGCUCUAUUAACAUCUGAUCUGGGUUCUCUCAAAAAUAUUGUCAGUGAGAAUACUUCACGGGAUCGUGGUUUUAGGGCACUAUCAGAGGUGGUGGGAACAUUAUCCUUAUUGUUUGCUCUAUCUCCCCAACUUGCACCAAUUCUGGGCUUGCUCAUCCUCGCAGUGUCUAUUUUAGUCGCUCUGUUCAAGAGGUCAACUGUAAAUGUCUUCCAAGCUCAUGGACUGGUCCAAGCAUCAAUAGCUGAUUCUGUGACUGAAUCAUUUUCUGCCAUUCGCACUGUGAGGUCAUUUAGUGGGGAGAAGCGUCAGAUGUCAGUAUUUGCUCGCCAGGUACUUGAGUUUGAGAGUAGUAGCAUAAAGAUUGGGACCUUCAAAUCCUUCCAUGAGUCAGUGACGAGAGUGGCAAUUUAUAUCUCGUUGAUGGCUUUAUAUUGCCUUGGUGGAAGCAAAGUAAAGGCAGGUGAAUUAUCAGUGGGAAUUAUGGCUUCAUUUAUCGGAUAUACAUUUACAUUAACUUUCGCAGUUCAAGGCCUCGUAAAUACCUUUGGAGACCUUCGUGCAGCUCUUGCAGCAACUGAGAGAAUUAACUCAGUUUUAUCCGAUGCUGAAAUUGAUGAAGCGCUUGCAUGUUCUUUAGAGAAAGACAUGAAGCAGAAGAAGGUCCAUGAUGAGACUUUAGAAUUAUACUUGGUGAAUGAUUCUCAUGAGAAGAAGCAAUCUACCAAAACAAGAUACAUGUCUACACUAAAAUUUGGUAGCAGUGUGCGAAACUUGGCGGAGACUGGUGAUGUCUGUCUUGAAGAUGUGGAUUUCUCGUAUCCAGUGAGGCCUGAUGUGGAAAUCCUUCGUGGCCUUAAUUUAACCCUAAAAUGUGGAACUGUUACAGCUCUGGUGGGACCAAGUGGUGCAGGGAAAAGUACAGUGGAAGGUCUAAAGGUAAAUUUGUCAGCUAAUAACCUGACCUUGCAGCCAACUCGAGGUCGGAUAACUGUUGCGGGAGAAGAUUUGCGAACAUUUGAUAAGAGCGAGUGGGCUCGGGUUGUCUCUCUAGUUAAUCAAGAACCUGUUCUUUUCUCUGUAUCGGUUGGAGAAAAUAUUGCUUAUGCUCUCCCUGAUGAAUAUGUAUCCAAGGAUGACGUGGUAAAGGCAGCCAAGGCUGCCAAUGCGCACGAGUUCAUAAUUUCAAUGCCACAGGGUUAUGACACAUUGGUUGGUGAACGUGGUGGUUUAUUGAGUGGUGGACAGAGGCAGCGAAUUGCUAUUGCAAGGGCUCUACUGAAGAAUGCCCCUAUUUUGAUUCUUGAUGAGGCCACUAGUGCUUUAGACACUAUAAGUGAGCGUCUAGUUCAAGAAGCCCUGGACCAUCUGAUGAAGGGACGAACAACUUUGGUAAUUGCUCACAGAUUGAGCACAGUUCAGAAUGCAGAUCAAAUUGCUUUGUGUUCUGAUGGGAAGAUUGCGGAGUUGGGAACACACUUAGAGUUGUUGGAAAGGAAGGGUCAAUAUGCUUCUCUGGUUGAUACUCAGAGGCUCGCAUUUGAAUAAUCAUGAUACUGUGCACUGAAGGAGCAAUUAUUACGGAUCGGUUGUUGAAAGUCUGGUGGAUGGAUGGAUAUAGCAGGAAGUAUAACAGAGGGACAAGUCCUCCCUUUUUCUUUUGGAACACAGCAAAGUAUACAAAGUUUACAUACUAUAUACAGCUGAUGUAAAAAUUGGUACAAUUGCAGUGUAUGUAUUGUAAAUCCCGUAUCAAUGGACAUUCACGUCCAGGUUCCCAUGAAUUCUACACUUUCUGUUUACAAAAUCCAUUAUUGAAUGUUCUUUAACUUAA